AUGAGCAUGAGAGAUGUUGCUGCAAAGUUUCAUGUCAACUCCUUUAGCUCGAUUUCCGAAUGGGUGAAUAAGCUUGAUGAGUUGAAGAAAUCAGUAAAAUCUGAUAAAAAAUUAAAAUUAGAAAGCUUCACUCAAUUUCCAGAGCUAGAGAAAGAACUAGUUCAUUGGUUUACUGCAAUCCGUGAGCAAGGUAUUCAGGUUCUCAGAUCAACGAUUGAGGAGAAAGCAAAAAGUUUGGCGGCAGAAAUGGGGAUUGGCGCGAUUCGGCUGUGGAGAUAA